ACUGGCAUCGCGGCAACCAAGCGGCAGCGACGAGCGGCGGCAUUCUUACUACUCUUUAUUUCAGUCCCUAGUUCGUGUUCCCUCGCCCUAGAGGAUGGACGUAAUGUAAAGUGCACGUACGAGUUCCGCGUGACUCGUGUUGCCCAACCACACAACAAAAGAAUCUCAAAAAUAUUCAUUGUGAUCGUUAUAUAGUCACAAAGUGCGUCGCCUUCCAAAUAAUACACGAUCGUCUUCUUAAUCAACUUCUACAACAUAUACUCAUAUACAAGUAUAUCAAACGUUUAUUUAUUUAUACUGAUUGUGUGUGUGCGGCAAAAAAGAGAGAGGUGAUUCCACUCGUGGUAGUGAAGAGAAAUAUAAUAGAACAAGUGGAUAGCAAAUAACGAAACCAGGACUAAAAAAAACUUAUUCGGAACAACGAAAAAGGAACUAACCUUUUGAAUUUUUUUAUUUUGUGUACAGUUGUGGGAAACUUGUGACAACUUCCAUUUUUUCGUAUGAAAUGUGUAUCUUUUUUUUAAAAAAAGCUAUGAACGAGUAUUUUUUUAAAAGAAAAUUGGAGAGACGCGUGAGGAUAUCGAAAUAUAAUUAACUGAAAAAGCAUCUUCGCGGUCCCGGCUAUUUUAAACCUUGUAACAGUGAAAAUUUAUCCAUCUCUUAUUUUGAGAUACAAGUGUGUAGAAAAAUCAAGACUUACAAAUACAGGGAAGUGCAGUUACAGUGACCACUGAUCUUUUUUGACCAGACAGUGAUGUGUAAAGGAUUUGUUUGCAUUUAAGUGUGUUGUUGUAAUGGGAUUUUGAUUGAAAUAUGAAUUCGUUAUGCGAAUUUUAUUGUAUAUCAAUUGAGUGAGCAUGGCCUGUAGAUAGAUUGGCAUGCUCUAUAAAGCAGAAAAAGGCUCUUGAUGGAGAAUAAGACUAUCUGCGGUAGUUGAGUUUCUCGGUUGCUGCUACCCUGCAAGCCACCUUUCGCGACGUUACUUUCGCCCUGGCGCAGACCUAACCGAGAAUCGACCGAACUGACUGCUGCAACGAGCUAAAAUGGCGCUUGCAUUCGUAUCCAUUGCACCUCUAUCGACCGUAACCAAUCAUCCGCAAAGUCUCGCUUACCCUGAGUAGUUUCAGUUUUUUUAGGAGUCAAGUGCGAUUUGUUAGUGAAAAAAUUUCGUCAUAGGUAGAACAACUGUACAUGGGAACAAAAUUCAAUUGGGAAUAUUUGUUUGCAGUUUUAAAGUUUAUUCGAAUACGAGUUUCAAGACCUCAGACGGUUGACGGAGUCGUCGGGUCAAACAUUUCAUACGAUACCGAAGUAAAUAAGUCGGUGUGAGUGACAAAAAACUAAUAAAAACGAAAAAAGUUGCGAAUAAGUCAAGAAAAAAUGUGCGCGUUUUCAGGAUAAUCUCUUAUAAGUGUUACUUUAAUUGUGACAGUGUCGUGCAUUCAAUUGUAAAACCAUAAUGUAUCACUUCUAUACAAUCAUAAACCCCUAAAAGAGUGUAAUUCACAGUGGAUGUAUCGAGUGCCGUUGUGGAUUUCUCUUCGAUUUGAGGCGUUGGGAUACUCGUAGCCAAAGGGGUGAAUCUGAAGGACACAUACAUAGUUUGAUCUCGGCUGCCUAUGGGACAAUGAAAAGCAUUUCAACACUACGUGAUACUGCAAGUCAACCGUCUAAUAUAUGCGAUACUCUUAUGUAACGUUUGACGUGCCAUUUUUGCGGAUCUGGGAACAAUGAAAGACGGUCAAUAACAGAGCGGAGUUUUAUAACUUUGGAUGAUGCGGAAAUAGAAUUGGAUACACGAGGGAAAAAGUAUUUACAAGUCAGGAUUGAUAAUACAACGAAAGUGAAAGGGGUGUUGAAUGGAUAUUGUGAAAUGAAAAUUUCCUUGGAUAUGAAAUAAGAAAAUUUCUAUCUGUGAGUUUGCUCCGUCCAUUUAUAAAACGAUUAUUCCGUCCGUUCGUCUUGAGACCUUCACAUGGCAGUUUUGACGCUGGGAUGAUUGAAUAAUAAGACACGUAUGCGAAAUAUGAAAAAAUAAAGUGAGAAUAUUGCGAAAUAUUAGUAACGAGUGAUCAAAAUUGAUCCCCUGUGCAAAAGUGUUGGAAAGAAGUCAUAAAGAAGGGUGUAAUUGGUUUAAGGCAUGUGAAGUGAGUGAUAUUUCAGAAUCAAGAGGAACCGCAGCCGUUGGGGCCAGGAGUAAACGGGUAGCCUGAUAAGAAUGGCCCCGUUCAAAAUGGCACUCAUGAUACGACGUCACCGCUUAUUUUAUAUCAUCUGUGCUCCUGUCUUUUUUCUGCUGAUAUGCUUCGGUGGGAUCCAUGGUGAACAAGUUGUUCUGUUAGAUACAACGACAGAAGAAAGCCUAGAUUGGACGCGCUACCCUUACGGACCUCAGGCAACAACCCCUGGCUGGGUUGAGGAGUCAUUCACGAAUUUCGACAAAGGCAUAAACUGGCGUAGUUACGUCGUAUGUGAUGUGGCAUACAACAACGUGAACAAUUGGUUAUGGACGCCGUUCAUAGAGAGAGGUCCUGCUAACAGAAUGUAUAUCGAGAUUAAGUUCACGACUCGCGACUGUUCACUUUUUCCUGGCAAUGCUCUGAGUUGCAAGGAGACGUUCAGUCUUCUUUAUUACGAAUUCGAUGCGGCAACGAAAGAGCCACCGCCGUGGGAGCCCGAUAGUUAUAAGCUGAUCGGACGUAUCGCUGCCGGCGAAGGAAGGUUCAACACGAAUACCGAAGUAAUCAUAAAUACUGAGGUCAAAUCAAUACCUGUAACGAAAAAGGGUGUUUAUUUCGCAUUCAGAGACCAAGGAGCUUGCAUAUCGAUACUCGCCAUCAAAGUUUAUUAUAUAAGUUGUCCAGAAUUGGCAAUGAACUUUGCACACUUCCCGGCGACCCCUUCAGGCCGAGAGGUUACCCAAAUUGAACAAGCCAUUGGCACUUGCGUAUCUAAUGCUGUUCAAAUCGAACAACCAACUUUUCUCUGCAAAGGCGAUGGUAAUUGGUAUCUUCCUUCGGGUGGCUGCCACUGCAAACCGGGUUUUCAGGCUGACGCUAAGAAACAAGAAUGUUCCGAGUGUUCCAUUGGAAAAUUCAAGCAUAAACCUGGCGCUGAAACAUGUGCAAAAUGUCCGACUCACAGUACUGCUCCGGAUUAUGGCUUUGUCGAAUGUCGUUGCGACGUGGGCUAUUAUAGAGCAAUGAAGGAUCCCAAGGAAAUGCCAUGCACACAACCACCAUCGGCCCCGCAAAAUCUCACAGUAAACUUUGUCGACCAGUCAACUGUGAUUUUAUCGUGGAACACUCCACAUCUUCAAGGUGGUCGGACAGACACAACUUACCGGGUUGUUUGCGACGCCUGCAGCAUGGGUGUCAAAUACAUUCCGAAUACCGAAAUGUUUAAUGAUACAAAAGUAACAAUAACCGGCCUCAAUGCAGUGACGACAUAUCGAUUCCAAGUUUUCGCCGAAAAUGGGGUCUCACCUUUGGCCGGACGCUCCGAAUACGUUGAUAUUACGGUCACGACAGAGGCAACCGUACCGAGCCUCGUUAGUAAUGUCAGAAUUACAAAUGUGAAAAGCAGCGAAUUAAGUAUCAGUUGGGAUGCGCCUGUAACGGAACUGGGAGAUAAUGAUCUUGUAGAAAGAUACGAAGUUCGAGGCUACCCACGUUUCGACGAUGCAACAAAUGCUACGGUGAUUCAGACUUCCGACUUAUCAGCAACUUUCAAAGCACUUAAGCCUGGCACUGAUUACGCGAUACAGGUACGAGCAAAAACCACACGAGGAUGGGGCGAAUACACACCGGUUAUUUACAAAAAAACACCGUAUACCAUGGGCCUGGAUUAUGUUGGUGAUGAUGAUAAUAUGCAAGUACGCAUUAUAGCCGGUGCGAUCGUUGCUGUGGUGGUUCUUCUUGUUAUAAUAAUUAUUAUGACUGUACUCUUUCUUCGAAGCAAUACCAUAAUUCUUGGGGGUUCUUAAUAAGAACAUUUCCGAUUUUUUUUCUGUCCCAGAAGCUUGAAUGCCUCCUUAUCAAUAAAAAAAAGUAACCAUAUCAAAUUUCAGCUGUUUAUUUUAAUGAUAAUUCGCGCCCUCGGACUGUCGAAAUUUUGUAUUUAAAUAAUACGAGAGUUUUUCGGAUUCAUUUUCAUCCAUCUGAUGUCGGUUGCAUUUUGUGCCAUCGUCUUGUAACUAUGCUUGAUUUGUAUAGAUUAUUUUAUAGUGUAUAAAAUCACUUUUAAGAUUUUCAUUGUAAUUUCAAUGGCUUUACAAAUACGGUAAGCAGUCGUUCGCAAUUUUUUCAGAUUUUUUUCUGAGCCCAUAUGAGCACAUUAGUUUUUUCGAAAUUUCGUAUAAUUUUUUUGUAAACGGUCAUAGCUCAUUCAAUAAUAGAGAUAUCAAAAUAUAA